CCUCUGGUCUGUAAAUUGUUUUUAUAUUUCUGUUGAUGUGUUUUGCAUGAUUUAUUUAAAUGUAGAACACUUUGGUCAGUCUUGUUGCUUUAAAUUGUACUCUGUAAAAAAAGUAACUUUCACUUUCACUUUUUUAAUCGCUUGGAUAGAGUAUGCUACCGACUUACGAGACCACACAGACUGUCGCCGUUUAAAGAAAUAAUCCAACAGAUUAUCUGACUCAAGAAGAAGUUUGGAAGGAUGUUUAACCAAGUCAUCUAAAGUUUUUGUCAAGCAAGAGCUGAUAAUCGAAAGGAUACACGAUUCACAAACUUAAUAGCAGUAGUCAGUGGAGAAGAAUGCAGAGGUUUCAGCAAUAAAAAUCGUUAAACAAAUAAGGAUAUUCAUGAAGUCUUGCGGAGAAUGUUUCCUUCAGCCCCAACUGGACUUAAUUAUUAACCUUUAUAUGAACAUGUUCCUGUUAGAGAUUGUUUCAUUAGUUGCUGCUAUAUUUUCUCUGAGCUUUGAACUUUGUUUCUGUACCUGUGCUCGUGCUGAGUAUGAGAUAGAGGGAGAAUGCUGCCCCAUGUGUCCUGCUGGAAACCAUGUUUAUUGGCAUUGUACAGAAGAUACCAGUACAACUUGUUUCCCGUGCCCUGAAUCAACUUACACUGAUCACACCAAUGGCCUUAUUCAAUGUCUUUCCUGCUCUGUGUGUGAUCCAGGUAAAGGUUUAAGGGAAAGGAAGUCCUGCACAAGCACUGCUGAUGUAGUUUGUGAACCACAGGAAGGAUUUUACUGCAUUGACAAAAAUAAAAACAGCUGUACAUUAGCAGUGAAACAUAUAGAAUGUCGUCCUGGAGAAUAUAUUAUACAAGCUGGAACAGCGUAUACUGACACUGCAUGUGCAAACUGUUCAGACGGCUUUUACUCAAAUGGCACUUUAUUGGCCUGCCAACCACAUUCAAAAUGUAACAUUAAGGGGCUUAUAGAAAUAAAAGCAGGAACAACUUCAACUGAUGCUGAAUGUGGGAAAUCUUCUCCAGUUGGUCUUGUAAUUGGAGUUACAGUUGUUGUCCUUUUGAUGGCUGUUUUUAUUGUUUUGCUUAUAUAUUGGAUAUGGAGACGUAAAAAUAAAUGUGUAAGUUAUGUCACACAACCACAGAAUGACCUAGAACCAGUAAGUAUCUAAUUUACUUAUCACUGUCUAGAAGGAUAUUUUAAUUUGAAGGAAAACCAUCUUUAUUUAUUCAUUCAUUAUACAGAAAACGUUAGACUCAGUAACACCAUUUUUAUAAAACACCUUUCCAUCAGAUGCCACCAGAGGACUGUUGUCUCGUUUGCCUGUGGCACAUUCUUGAUUCAGUGUUAGAUUCAUUGUAAUCUAGGCCUACCAGAUUAAAUGUUUACAUUUCAGAGAUUACUCUCCUGUCUAGACUUUUGAAGAUACCUGUGCAAAAUCUGCUUGUGUAAAAAGCGAAACAGAUCAAAACAACAUUAAUUGGCUUGCAAGAGAUUUUCUUUUAGAACACAUUUUUAGCAUUAACUUUUACAGCAUUUAGCAAUGACGUAAUAUUGGUAUUUAAAAAAUAUGUCAAGUGAAAAAUCUUAAUCAUACUCAAUAAUUGUCAUUAAUAAUUAUCUUUUAAUAAUUGUCACUCAUACUAAAUUGUCUUUUUAGCCCAUUUUGGUGAACAAAUAACCAAAAAAUUACCAAGUUCUUGCAGCUUUAAACAUUACUGCAAGAACGUAU